AUGUCUACUAACCCAACACCUAAAAAUGUUUCAUGUCUUAAAAACCUUGCUUUAAAUAUCCUUAAAAACGGUGUCCCAGAGGUUAUUACAAAAGGUGUUGAAGUUCCAGAACUAGAUCCAUGCUCAAAAUCUCCCACAAUGCCUGAAUGUGCAAUGGAAAUUGAAUCUAUUGGUUAUGCGCGUUAUUCUGGUACUUCUGAACCUAGUUCACAGGAUCGGGCACAGAAUACCUCAGACCCAAUGCAAAUUUCACCACAAAUGACAUCUAGUCAAAACCAGAAUACAGUAACCCCAUAUACAUCUCUUAUUUUUAACCCUACCUUAUCAUAUGACCCAACAUUGUAUCCAAAUUAUGUAGACCUUACCAAAAACAAAGAGCCUAAAUCUAAAAAAAGACUACGUGAAGAAAGUGCAAAAAAAGAGCCUCCAAAUCUAAAAAAAUUAAUAGAUGAAUUAUCUACUAAAGAUCCGAAUUCUGCAAAAAAUAAUAUUUUUACACAAUCGGUAGCGAUACCAACCACUGAAAAUGAUCCCGAUCCAGUUAAUUUUCUCAACUUAUAUAAAGAACUUAUUAGUGCUGAAGAUGAUAAUAGAAAAUCGAACCAAGAAGUUAUUAAAAGAUAUUAUAAUUUUGGAUUAAAUCUUACGAAACGCCUAGAAUACCACAAGAAAUCUCACAAAAAGCAAGUUGCCAAAAUUCUAGUAAAUGACGAA